GGACCACUGACCCUGUUAUGAGCCCAUGGAAUGAGCAGGAAAGCCUUUGGGGACACCCUAUGGCCCUGCUUCCUCCCUUUGUACAAAUGGGGAAACUGAGGCAGAACACCUAGCUCCUGGGCUAGCAUUUUUUCCCACCAUAACCAUGUGUGUCCCUGUGAGCGGGACUGAGAAGGUAGGCAAGGCUUCAGAGGGUUUUGAGUGGGUUGGAAUAGGGAGCCACUGAAGGCAGGAGUGUGCCAUCUGGGCGCGGUGGCAGCCAGGGACCGGGUGUGGCAAAGCGUUGUCCAGGUAGCGGACCCUAGGCUGUGGGCCUGGCCACACUGGAAAUCGGCGGGAGGCUGCCCUGGUUCAGGCGGGAGAGCUGCGUGGGAGGGGCCGAGCUGCCCAGGGGACUCCGGCCACUCUCCUGGCACAGCCAGGCCGCGUGUGGGAGGUGAUAGCCUUGGUCUCAGGUUGGAGAGGCCCUUUGCACCUGCCCAAUUUGCAUUCUGGGCAGUGACUUGGCUGCCACCUAGGACCGAGCUGGCUGCGGUCUCAGGGAGACGCCGGGCCUGUGUUUUGAGCGCGGGCCAGGGCUGGAUGCUGGAGGAGGCAGCCGGCUCAGGUCCAGUCCACGUUGGCUUCAGAUCAAUGAAAGCUGUCGUGGGGCCAGUGUGUUGCUGCCACUGCGCCUGGGGGCUCCUGGGCUGGGCGGAGCCUCCUGAGGCCACUGUCCCUGAGUCACGGGCUCUGAGAACAUUGUUAGUAUGUCCUGUGCCCGCCAGGGUGGGUCCUACCCCUGCUGCGUGCCCUCCCCACCCUGUGAUUCACGGUCCCACUUGUCCCUGCUUGGCAUCUCAGCCAGGAUGGUCUCAUCGGCGCACGGAGGAAAUACAGAACCCACGGAGAAGAGGGAAAGGAGGCUUCGCCACUUCCUUCUCUGCGCUGCUACGUGUUCUGGGCACUGUGCCAGUGGCCCUGCCCCCGGAGAAGACCGACGGCCUGGGCAGCGGGGAUGAGAAGAGGAUGGAGAAGGCCAGCGAAUCCUGCCCGGGCUCCAAGAAGCAGCUGAAGUUUGAAGAGCUACAGUGUGAUGUGUCGGUGGAGGAGGACAGCCGGCAGGAAUGGACCUUCACCCUGUAUGACUUUGACAACAAUGGCAAGGUCACCCGCGAGGACAUCACCAGCUUGCUGCACACCAUCUACGAGGUGGUCGACUCCUCUGUCAACCACUCCCCGACGUCCAGCAAGACGCUGCGGGUAAAGCUCACCGUGGCCCCUGAUGGCAGCCAGAGCAAGAGGAGCGUCCUUGUCAACCAGGCCGAUCUGCAGGGCACGCGGCCCCGAGCAGAGACCAAGCCCGCCGAGGAGCUGCGAAGCUGGGAGAAGAAGCAGCGGGCCCCCCUCAGGUUCCAGGGUGACAGCCGCCCGGAGCAGUCUGACUGCUACCACCACUGCGUGGAUGAGAACAUCGAGAGGAGAAACCACUACUUGGAUCUCGCCGGGAUAGAAAACUACACAUCCCAGUUUGGGCCUGGCUCCCCUUCUGUGGCCCAGAAGUCAGAACUGCCCCCCCGCACCUCUAACCCCACUCGGUCUCGCUCCCAUGAGCCGGAAGCCAUCCACGCCCCCCAUCGAAAGCCCCAAGGUGCGGACCCGGGCUCCUUCCACUUCCUUGACACCCCAGUCGCCAAGGCCUCAGAGCUCCAGCAACGGCUCCGGGGCACCCAGGACGGGAGCAAGCACUUUGUGAGGUCCCCCAAGGCCCAGGGCAAGAGCGUGGGUGUGGGCCAUGUGGCCAGGGGGGCGAGAAGCAAGCCCCCUCUGGGACCUGCUGUCCCUGCGGUGUCCCCCUCCGCCCACCUGGCCGCCAACCCGGCCCUCCUCCCCACCCUGGCCCCCCUCGGGCACAAGAAGCACAAGCACCGAGCCAAGGAGAGCCAGCAGGGCUGCCGGGGCCUGCAGGCACCGCUGGCCCCGGGCGGCGCCGUCCUCGGGCGGGAGCACCUGCGAGAGCUGCCCGCCGUGGUGGUGUACGAGAGCCAGGCCGGCCAGGCGGUCCAGAGACACGAGCACCACCACCACCACGAACAUCACCACCAUUACCACCACUUCUACCAGACAUAGAGCCCCUCCCCCGGGCCCCGCCCUGCCAUAUGAAGGACCCCCUCCCCCGACACCCCAAGGCAUUAUUAUUCUAUUAAUUAUUGUUAUUAUGACGAUUAUUGUUAUUAAUAAUUAUUGUUACUCCACUAAUAUUUAGCUAGCCUUCAUGUAGAUAUAUGGAAACACAGAACUAAACUUUUAUUUAUAUGUUGUGGGGACUGCGUAACUUACCAGGAAAUGACUCCGGUUUGGAAGUGGCCUCGAGAUGACAGAGGCUCCCUCGGGGCUCGGGAGCUGUGGUCUCCACACGCAUUGGACCACGCCCUUCCAGAGCCGUGGGAGCCCUCGGCCCAAACUCUGCCUGCCCCCACCCCCAGUCUCUUCCAGGAGAACACCCUUACCUGGCCCGGCUUCCAGACACCCUCGAAAUCUCCGAGAAGAUAAACAGCUGCUACCUCUUAGUAUGAUUCUGAUUUUAUUUUGCCCUUAACUGAUUGUAAUGUGCUAUAAGGGAUUUCAGCGGACUGCAGACAUGAGACCUCCUUGCUGUUGUGUUUUUAUGUCCCAACCUAGAAACCUUAGCUGUCCUUUCUAGAGUUAUCUUUCACACUUUUCCAGUGGGAUCAUACCCUUGCUCCAAACCAGGCCCAUCCUUUCUGCCAUGAACAACAUAAAAAUACUUUCUUCUUUUCUUCCUUCGUUCUUCUUUAGAAAGAUACACACACACACACACACACACACACACACACACACACACACACACUCACACUCACACACUCUUAAGGACUGUUCCUGAAACCAGCCUUUUCAUUUUGGAAACUGCUAGAGCGGGAGCCAACCACAUAGACAAACAUGGUUUUCCAAGGUCAGGCAAUUGUGUGCUGUUGGUUGUGAAGGAGGAUGUGGACGUCUCGUGUUUCAUCAUCGGCAAAUUUAUGUGUACCUACGUGGUUCUCUAACAGAGCUUUCCCUAUCUAUAGAUAGAUGCCAUCUGUCCAUUUCUAUGUAUCUUUCUGUAAAUAUACUCUCAGGUAUCUUU